AUGGGCUUACCCUUUGUUGGAGAAACAUUUGGCUUCUUUACUCCUCAUAAAUCAUUCUCCAUUGGCAACUUCUUGCAAGAACAUCGCUCUAGAUAUGGAAAAGUAUUCAAAUCCUAUCUUUUCGGCUCUCCAACCAUAGUUUCAUGUGAUUUAGAGUUCAGCAUAUUUGUCCUUCAAAAUGAAGGCAAGCUGUUCCAAAGCAGCUACCCUAAAUCAGUUAGAGAUAUUCUUGGAAAACACUCUUUGAUGCUUGUCACUGGUGAUCUUCACAAAAAAUUCCGAAGCAUUGAAGUUGGCCUCAUCAAUAAAUUCAAGUGCAAACCCGAUUUUCUCGCUUGUGUUGAUAAGUUAUGUAGCUCGUUAAUGGAGUCGUGGAGAGGAAAUCAAUUGGUUCUCUUCUCAAAAGAAGCUAAACAGUUUAGCUUUAAUUUGAUGUUGAUGAAUGUACUGGACAUGGAACCUGGAGAGCCACUAGCUUUGCAAUUAUUAGAAGAUUUCUUGACUUUCAUGAAAGGAUUUGUGUCCAUUCCAAUAAACCUUCCUUGGACAUCCUAUGCCAAGGCUCUUAAGGCUCGUACGAGGAUCUCGUCCACCUUGAAGCAAGUACUGAAAGAUAGAAAAAAGAGAAAAGAUUUGGGGAUUAAUGGGAUAGCCAAAGAAGACGUUUUUAAUGAGAAUUUAUUGAAAGGAUACUUAAGUGAUGCGGAGAAAGUAAGCAUUUUGCAAGACCUUCUGUUGGCUGGUUAUGAAACAACCUCAGGACUUCUGUCCCUACUCGUCUAUUUUCUUGCCCAAUCACCACAAGCUCUCCAGUACAUGAAGGAUGAACAUCGAGCAUUGAGGAGAAAGAAAAAGGAAGGGGAACCCCUAAACUGGGAAGAUUAUAAGCAAAUGAAAUUCACCAGUAUGGUCAUUAAUGAGACUCUACGUUGUGAAUAUUAUAUACCAGCCGGAUGGAAAGUCCUUCCUAUCUUGUCUGUUGUACAUCUUGAUCCGUCCCUGCAUCAAAAUCCAUCAGAAUUCAACCCUUGGAGAUGGAUCGAUCCAACAACAAGCAAGAAGGUGAUUCCAUUCGGAGGUGGAUUACGGCUAUGUCCAGGGUGGGAACUCGCUAAAUUGGAAGCAGCUUUAUUCCUACACCAUCUUGUUAUCAAUUACAGAACCAUCGACAGAGUUAAGAGAGACAUCGAUCAUGAACCGAGAUCAAACAGGGAUCGGUAUCAGUCGUACAAUGGGGACCGAAGAAACAGUAGGUCUGGAUGGAACUUUAUGAGAAACAAAAGGAGAAGUGAUCGAAGUAAGAGCAACCGAGGACUCAUGAGCAAAAAAAGCUUCGACGGGCUCGUCGGGCCUAAAGAAGCGCCAAGAUUAUCGGAGUACAACUUUAACGUCGAUGUCGUCGCUAUAGUAUCUGCCAUCGGAUGUAUCAAAGAUACUAAGUGGCCUAGACCUUUACAGUUUGAUCCAGCCCAAAGGGAUCCCAACCUAAUGUUGAAAUAUCAUGGCACUCAUGGCCACAAAACAGAAGACUACCGACAAUUAAGGGAAGAGGUGGGCCGAUUGUUCAACAACGGGCAUCUCCGAGAAUUCCUGAGUGAUCGGGCCAAGAACCACUUCAGGAACAGGGAUUCUAAUAAGCAGACCGAGCAGGAAGAGCCUCAGCACGUCAUUAACAUGAUCAUCGAUGGAGUCGACAUUCCCAGGGUCCGAUGUUGA